AUGAAGAUGAUCACAGUGCUAGCAUUGGUCCUUAUCAUCGCCUUGACCACAAAGCCGAUCCUCGGAGCUGCCCCCGCUGCCGGCCGGGCGACUCCAGAAGCAGUACUUGAUACUACAGGGAAGAAGCUCCGAGUUGGCGCCUAUUACUAUAUCGUUCCUGAUGAUCCGGCCCAAUACGGUGGCGGUAUUGAUCUCGCAAGCAUAGGCCAAGAUUGCCCGCUUGAUGUUGUGGCUAGCUAUCAAGGCGAACCAGUGUCGUUUACCCCUUUUAAUACAAACAAAGGUAUCGUUUAUGUGUCUACUGACCUCAACAUUGAGUUCAAUGCUGAAACAGAUUGCCCUCAAUCCAAUGUGUGGAAGCUGGACGACGAUGAUUAUUAUUCCUCUGGGCAGUGGUUCGUAACAACUGAUGGCGUUGGAGGAAAGCCAGGUGCAGGCACUGUGAGGAAUUGGUUUCAGAUUGAGAAGUAUGAGAAUGCUUAUAAGCUGGUUUAUUGUCCUCAUGUGUGCAGAGAUUGCAAGGUUCAAUGUAAGAGUAUUGGAUUGUAUCAUGAUAGCAAUGGAAACAAGCGACUUGGUCUGAAUGAUACGCCUCUGAAAGUCCAGUUUAAACGACAGCCUCGGAACUCUUAAAGACUUCGAAUAAUCCAUCAAUUAUAUCCCUUUAUAUCUCCCUUGCUUGCUUGUACUAAUAAGGAUAGCAUUCCAUGUAUUUGCAUGUCUUUAUAAUGGAAGAAAUAGAUUGAUGAAUAUAUCAGCAAGUUUUACCUUUGGUGAGAUUUGAUA